AUGUACCCGGAUGUGUUGCACAAACCAACAACGAGGCUGAUUAAUGGAUUCGAACGACUCUUCAUGUGGAACAUUACUAGUCAAUCAUGGGGUUUAUCUGAUUCAUUGAAGAAAGUUACUGUCAACAUCAACUACUUGAAAGGAGGAAAGAUUGUGUUCAAAGGAACUACUCUUGCUGGACAUGUUGGAAUCAUUACAGGUUAA